UUCUCAUUCAUUCUUUCAUUCACUGUGCUUGCUUGGAUCUGUUCGUUGGAGCGCAAGCAGUUUUGGUUUGGAUCUGUUUGUUGCUAUUAUCUUUGGGCGAUACUAGCUAGCUAGCUAGAUCUAAUACAGCAAAAGCAGGUUGCUAUUGGCCUUUUUGUUCUCUGUUGGAUAUACCCAUAUACCCCUUCUUGGUAGAUUCUCGCAACAAUGUCUGCUGCUACCCCUGUUAUCGUCGAUGACCUGAAGAAGGAUGACCCUGUUAUCGUGCUGUCCAAGGAGGAAGUUAUUGGUUUGAAGGAAGAGGUAUCUGUUGGAGCCACCAGCAGUUCCUCUUCGGUAGAAAGUGACUCGGAUGAAGAUGUCUUUCCCACCGGUCUGCAUCAGCGCAAAAACAAGGCUGCCACUUCUACUACUACCUCUGCUACCCAAAAGGAGGAGGAGGAAGAUAAGAAGAAGGACAAACCCAUUCAACCCAAGAAUGAGCUCACUGUCGCGCGAUACUUGGAGAUUGCUGCAGGAAGUCUCAUCUUUUUUCCGGCUCUACCCUAUCUAUUCGUUCAAAUUGUGGGUUGCAAUCUCUGGGAAUUCUUGGAUCAGCGCGUCUUUCACGCCGUGGAUUUCCUGGAACGCAUCAACCAGUGGACAGCUCCGUAUCAGGAAUGGUUGGUGGCCAACCCCAAGGACAGUUUUGUCGUCAAUUAUACCCUUUGGCUAGGAGGUGUCUUGCCCGCCUACUUUAUCUGGGAAGCCGUGGCUCAAGCCAACGCUCCCGAAUUCAUUUGGUGGCGUGCCGUCCUCUACAAUGCCGUGCGCAUUGGCCCCAUGUACCGACAUUUCAUGUACGUCUACACGCUGUCGCACAAAGAAGCGCAUUGCUACGGAAAGAUAUUUGCGGCACCCUACCAUCACGUCCUGCAAUACACCUACAAUUACUAUAUUGGGUUCUUUCACGGCGUCCUACCCGGCCCCUUUACCCAAAGUCAUAUUUACAAUCAUCACAAAUACGACAACAACAAAGACGACGUCUACUCGACCGGAUCGUUCCGUCGAGAUUCCUUUCUCAUGUUCUUACGGUAUGUCGGAGUCUGGUUCCAAUACGCAUUCAAUCUAUCCACGGCAGUCCAAUUUGCCAAGGAGGGCAAGACGCAACGCGUAAUGUACAGCAUUCUGGGAACGCUCCAGUACAUGGCACAAGUCGCACUCAUGGCGUAUCUGGUCAAUCCCAUGACGGCAUUUGCCUACAUUCUAUGGCCGUUCAUCGAAGGAAACAUUUUACUGGCCGCCGUCAAUUACACAUGGCACGCCUUUAUCGAUCCCAACGAUUUCGAUAAUGACUAUGUCAAUUCCGUCACCAUUCUGGAUGCGCUCAACUUUGCAUUGGCUGAAGAAUAUCAUGUCGUACAUCAUCAGUACGCCGGUGUGCAUUGGUCUCGUCACGCAGAGUUGUACGAGAAACACCAUGACGAAUACGUGAAGUCCAAGGCUACCGUAUUCCAGGGAAGUAACCUAUUUGUGGUAUGGGGAAUGAUUCUCGCGAGGGAUUAUCAAGGACUGGCUGACAUGUUUGUACAGUUGGAACCAGACAAGAGCAAACACUUGUCGCAAGAAGAGGUCGCCCAACUCAUGAAGGAACGACUCCAAUGCACCAGCUGGAGUUACAACUAACUUCUAUCGAAGCAAGCAAGCAACAACGGAAGCCAACGUGUGAAUACGCAAAAAGCCUACUAGAACGAGAGACAUAUAAAGUGAAUGAAUGAAUGGAUGAGUGAGUGUUUGUGUGAACUACCUUAUUACCUACAUGACAAUUAAUGCAAUGCAAAUCAAGAACAUCAGACAGAAGCAGAAAAAGAAAACAUUUGAUAGAACGAGUUGUGCAAUUUUGUGUUUUGUAAUAACUAGCUAAUACUAAGUCAAUAACAAAGAAUCUAUAAAGCUGGCCAUGAAUGACGUUACUUGUGUGCUCCGCCAGCUAUAGCUUGAAAGUUCCAAAA